UAGAAAGAGAAAACAAAAACACAAACACUUAGCUGUAUGUAGAGAUAGAAAGAGAAAAACAAAAAAAAAAUCAACAAUUUUGUGAAGCAUAAAAAAAAACUCUCUCCACUUUUUGAUCAUCUUUCCAUUCAUUUUCUACCCAAAUUGUUUCAAAUUCUGAAAUCUCUCGUUUUCAUUCAUCUUUUGCAACAAAUUGGUUCAUCUACGGCUACCUUGUUACGACUUCACCCCAGUCGAAGACCCACUGUCUUAUGUGCACAAAUUGAUUAAACUCUGCUCUUUUUUUUCAAAAAUUGUUUUCCAAACUUCGUGUUCAUUAUGAGGGCAGGAUUGAGCACGAUUCAACAAACGCUAACACCAGAAGCGUCAACAGUAUUAAACCAUUCAAUAUCUGAAGCAAGUCGAAGAAAUCAUGGACAAACAACACCGUUACACGUGGCAGCUACUUUGCUAUCUUCACCUUCAGGAUAUCUUCGACAAGCUUGUAUUCGUUCUCACCCAAAUUCAUCUCAUCCACUUCAGUGUCGAGCACUUGAACUUUGCUUUUCUGUUGCUUUAGAAAGAUUACCAACUGCACAAAAUAUGCCUCAAGGUACUGAACCUCCGAUAUCGAAUGCUUUAAUGGCGGCUUUAAAGCGAGCACAAGCACAUCAAAGAAGAGGAUGUCCUGAACAGCAACAACAACCUUUAUUAGCUGUGAAAGUUGAGUUAGAACAGUUAAUCAUAUCGAUUCUUGAUGACCCGAGUGUUAGUCGCGUUAUGCGUGAAGCUAGUUUUUCUAGCCCAGCUGUUAAAGCGACAAUUGAACAAUCGUUAACACAAACCUCGUCGUCGUCACAUCAAAUGACACAUCAAAGUAAUAAUGUCAGUUUAUCGACAUUUGCUUCGAUGAGUGGUGGCCCAAGGAUAAUAUCAAAUCCGGUGCCUGGUCAGGUAAAUCGGAAUAUGUAUUUGAAUCCGAAGUUGCAAGGAGGAGGACAAUUUGGUAAUUUGGCAAUUCAAAAGAGUGAAGAAGUGCAAAAGGUGAUGGAAAUUUUGUUGAGAAGCAAGAAAAGGAAUCCAGUUUUAGUAGGUGAAGGUGAACCAGAAAGUGUGGUUAAGGAGCUGCUUGGGAAGAUUGAAAAAGGGGAAUUUGGUGAAGGGGUUUUAAAGAAUGUACAAGUUGUUCAUAUGGAGAAGGAAAUUUCGUUUUUAUCGGAUAAAAAUGAGAUACCAAACAAGAUUAAGGAAUUAGGAGGGGUUAUUGAGAGUAAGAUUAGUAGUACUGGUGGAGUGAUUCUUGAUUUAGGUGAUUUGAAAUGGCUUGUUGAACAGCAACAACCACCGAUGGUAUCGGAGAUUGGGAAAUUAGCAGUGGCGGAAAUGGGGAAAUUAAUAGCGCGAUUUCGAGAUGAUAAUAGUAGUAAUAGGUUAUGGUUGAUUGGUACAGCAACAUGUGAGACUUAUUUGAGGUGUCAAGUAUAUCAUUCUACUAUGGAAAGUGAUUGGGAUCUUCAAGCUGUUCCUAUUGCUUCAAGAUCUCCACAUCCUGGAAUAUUUCCAAGGCUUGGAAAUGAAAGAAUUCUUGGAAGUUCCUUGGAUACUCUGAAUCCUCUGAAGAGCUUUACUGGCCCGGUGCCUGCGCUACUACCGAGGCGUGGACCGGAGAAUUUAAAUCCGAGAUUGAGGACGUCGUGUUGCCCCCAGUGCAAGGAGAAGUAUGAACAGGAGUUGGCAAAACUUGCAUCUGAAUUUGAAAAUUCAUCAUCUGAAGCUAAUAAAUCAGAAUCUCCAAAACCUCAGUUGCCUCAAUGGUUGCAAAGUGCCAAGCUGAAGAGUGAUAGUAAAGCAACUGCUCUGUCUCAGAAGAAGGAUCAAGGUCUUUUGCAGCAAAAGACUCAAGAACUACAAAAGAAGUGGAAUGAUACGUGCUUGCAACUUCAUCCGAAUUUCCAGUCCAAUGUUGGUCCUCAUAGAACGGGACCGCCCGUUCUCUCUAUGCCAGGCUUAUAUAAUCCGAAUCCAAACCUGCUUUUGCGUCAACCUUUACAACCCAAGCUUGUUCCAAACCGAAGCCUCGGAGUUAGCCUGCAACUGAACACAACCCAAAUGGCUAGCCAACCUCAGGAAAAGCCCGCUAGCCCGCCAGGCAGCCCGGUAAGGACCGACUUAGUUCUCGGGCAAAAACCAGCUGAGAAAACUCUGGAAGAUCAAGCGAAGGAUUUCCUCAGCUGCAUUUCUUCUGUGCCUGACAAAUUUGCUAGUGCACUAGAUGCUGAUACAUUUAAAAGGCUUCUCAAAGGUCUAAUGGAAAAAGCCUGGUGGCAACAAGAUGCAUCCUCGUCCGUGGCUUCUGCUGUGUCGAGAUGCAGAUUGGGUAACGGAAAACCACGUGGUGGCGCACCGAAAGGCGACAUCUGGCUUUUAUUCACGGGUCCCGACAGAUACGCAAAGAGAAAAAUGGCAUCGGUUCUUGCAGAGCAAUUUUGCGGAAAUAGUCCAAUAAUGAUAUGCCUUGGUUCACGACGAGAUGACGAAGAGUCAGAUCUCGGCUUCCGUGGAAAAACAGCUGUAGACCGGAUAGCCGAGGCUGUUAGGAGGAAUCCGCUUUCAGUUAUUAUGCUCGAGGAUAUCGAUGAAGCAAAUUCGAUAGUUCGGUUGAACAUCAAACGAGCAAUGGAUAGAGGUAGGCUUACGGAUUCGCAUGGACGUGAGAUUAGUCUUGGCAAUGUUAUUUUCAUUCUUACUGGAAAUUGGUCGACAAUGAGCCCCGAGAGCUAUAGGAAUGAGUACUUGAUGGAAGAAAACAAACUAGUUUCACUAGCUAGUUCCGAUUGGCAGUUAAGGUUAACAAUAGGUGAAAGGGGUGUUAAGCGAAGAGCGAGUUGGUUGCAUGAUGAAGACAGACCUAGAAAAGAAUUGAAUCUAGGACUGUCUUUUGAUCUCAACGAAGCAGCAGAUUUCGAGGAUUAUAGAACUGAUGGAUCCCACAAUUCAAGUGAUCUGACCGUUGAGCACGGAGAUGAGCCUAGGCGAUUUUCAGUUACAUCAGUUCCUCACGAACUUGUGAGUUCCGUGGAUGACACCAUACCAUUCAAGCCAAUUGAAUUUCUGUUUGCUCGACGUGAGAUCAAGAAAACAAUCAGCAAGAAACUCUCAAUGGUCGUCGAUGAUGACAAGGUCUCGAUCGAAGUUGAAGACGAUAUAGUAGACCGGAUCCUAGGUGGAUUAUGGCGUGGUCGGACAAGCUUAGAACAGUGGGUGGAGAAAGUUUUAGGUCCGAGUUUCGAGAAAAUCCAGCCCCGGUUAUCGUCUUCCAAUGAGGAUGAGAAUGUUAUCGUUCGGCUUCAGCUUGAACAACUGCAUACAGACUCCAAUAGCCAUAACAAUGGAGAAUGUCUACCUAGCAAAGUCACAAUAGUGGCAGAUGGGCAGUAGUGAAGGUGUUAUUUUCCUCAUUCCUCUUGGGUAUAUUUGUAAAUAGGAAGACUUUAUGGGGGUAAAGAAGCAAAAAGAAUUACCAAAAGAGUGAAUAGAUUAGAGGGACCUUGAAAGGUCUCAAGACCCUUUUUUUGCAAUAUUUAUUUUGUUUUUUUAAUAGUUUGGUUGUUAUAGUAAAUGUUGUACUAGAUAGUAUUUAUUAUUAUGAGAGCCAUGAUUAAUAAGAUGGAGCAAUUCCUCCUUAGGAAGUUCUCCAUUUUCCUCUGUAAGAACAACUUUGUAUACAUUUUAUUCAUACUUUGAAUAUUUCUAAGAUUCUCUGGAUAAA